AUGUCUUUUCGUCCUCCACGAAUGACCAACACGCCUACGCGGGCACAAACCCCUACACGGAGCCGAUCGUCGCUGGGAUCUGCGGGAUCCUCAACGCCAGUUCCCUCGUCGCUAUCAAGGACACGAACAGCAGCGUCGUCGACCGUGCGUCGCCCCAUGACUCCCCGUGUAUCGCUGGCCAGUCCAGGGUCCGGACUGCGCUCCAGAUCCUCAAUGUCGAACAUUAACACUCCAAUAAGAGCCAGUAGCUCGCUUGGAUCGAUUGGUUCGCAGACCUACCAGGGAACCAUCAAAGUAUCUGUGAGGCCCCGUCCUUUGAGCGAAACAGCGAGCUCAACUGGAAGCUGGAACAUUAACAAACAGGGAAACAUAAUAGCGAACGUCGAGGCAGGAGAAUUUCAAUACGACAAAGUGUUUCUGCCGGACGCAGACAACAGCGAGAUCUACAGAGACGUGGUAGAGCCUGUACUUGAGAAAUGUCUCCAGGGUUACAAUGGGACAGUUUUUGCGUACGGUAUGACGGGAUCAGGAAAAACGCAUUCCAUGCAGGGUUCGGAGACAGAAAAUGGGCUCAUUCAGCUUUGUGCAACAGAGCUGUUUCGCAAACUCAACGCGGAGUUCAAUGCGUUCAAGGUGGGUUGUUCCUACCUCGAGAUUUACAAUGAGAAACUGAUAGAUUUGUUGAAUUUUGAUGGCCCCGCAACGGACGACCUCAGAAUACGAGACGACCCGACUUUUGGGAUACGUGUCGUAGGACUGAGCGAGCACUGGGUGGCCAGCGAGAAAGAGCUGAUAGAGGUUUUUGAGCGCGGAGACUCGGCAAGGAAAACAAGUUGCACGAAUUUCAAUGACAGGUCGUCGCGGUCGCACGCUGUUUUGCUGAUGCGCGUCGAGAUGAAGCAGGACAGCAGCACGCGGCACUCCACGGUCUGUUUGUGCGAUCUUGCCGGUUCGGAGAAGGCAUCGUCGCAGAGUGAGCGUCGCAAGGAGGGAGCGUUCAUCAACAAGUCGCUGCUCGCGUUGAGCACUGUGAUCCAGAAGCUGUCGCAGGGCUCUUUCAACCAUAUCCCGUACAGAGACUCCAAAUUGACCAGACUAUUGCAGCCAUCAUUGAGCGGCGAGUCCAUAGUCUCCAUCCUGUGCACAAUCCAUCUUUCCAGCAGCACAUUAUCAGAGACAAUCAACACGCUGCGUUUUGCAGCGCGCGCGAAAAAUAUUCUAAUGAAUGUGAGGAGGAACGAGCAGCAGGACACAGACAAAGACCGAUACGAGCAGCUAGUCCGCGAGAACGAGCGCCAGAAACAGGAGAUCGAGGACCUCAAGCGCGAGCAGGUGGGAAAACGUUUUUGGAGCGGCUCGGACGAUGACUCUGUGGCCCAGCUGACGGCAGAAAAUCGAAUCUUGAACGAGAGGCUGGAGCAUCUGAAGCGACUACAUGACACAGAAAACGUCCAAUCGGCAAUGGAGUGUCAGGAAAACUUGCAGCAGUUGCUACAGUUCGAGGUCUCGGACCCCAGGUUCUCAGAGAUCGUGGCCAGUCUUGAAAGACAGUACAAGAUGCAGAUCUGCCAGAUCGAGGAGAUGAAGUCGUACAUUUCGCACCUGGAAAACCAGUUGAGGAGGCAGAUGAGCGUUAUGAAGCCUGGGAUCAGCGUUGCGGGCAAUUCUAGCGACAAGGACGAAGAAAUUGCGGAUCUCAAGCGGCAGCUUAAGAGCAAGGAUUCCAUCAUAAGCGCAUUGCGGCAAUCUACAAAGGUGCGGGAGACCAUCAGUGGCAGCAGCGAGCGACGUGAAAAGCUGUUCCUACGGCCGAUCGAAAAUACCAUUGCGGUGCAAAAAGAGCAUCUCAAGGGCCAGCACUAG